GCCUGACAUAACACCAUGUCCGAGGCGAAGCCCGAGGAAGGAGUAAAAAUGGAGAAUGACCUUAUCAAUUUAAAAGUAGCUGGCCAAGAUGGAUCAGUGGUCCAAUUUAAAAUAAAACGGCACACACCACUAAGUGAACUAAUUAAGGCCUAUUGUGAGAGACAGGGUUUGUCAAUGAGACAGAUUAGAUUCAGAUUUGAACAACCAAUUAAAACAGACAUACCUGCACAGUUGGAAAUGGAAGAUGAGGAUACUAUUGAUCAACAGCAGACAGGUGGCAUGUGCUAAAUAUCCUGUCCUUUUAGGAAGAGGAAUGUAAAAUUUCAACUCACUUUAUCAUGUGUCCUUGGAUUUGCUAUUAAAUAGUAAACAAAUGAACAUGCCAAUCAUACAGGAAUCUCCUCAUGUUCUGAAGACUUUUAU